AUCAUAUAAUUAAUUCAAUCAGUGGAUCGUAUGGUUUUUAUUCCCUUGAGGCAUUCAUUGUAUGUUCACACAUUUGAAAUUUAUAAUGUGUAUAUAAAUACAAAUGCAACAUUAAAUAAUAUUUCAUACCUUAGGCUUAUAAGUAGGCCUACAAAUCUUACACUUCAUGUUUCAAGCCUGGUAAUCUUUUAGAGAUCAGUUAUAACGAGUCCUUGUGUCUGCCCACCUUUAUUUGAAGUUUAUGAUUUUUCUGAUUGACAUUUUAAUUGAUAAAGUAACACUUAGUACAUAAAAAAGCUCAACAACACUGAAAAAGUGAGACAGUUUAAUUGUAGCUCUUAAUGAACCUUUAUUGCACCACAUAAAUUGUAUAUAGUUCAGUAAAAUAUCUAAAUAUAUGUUCUGUUGGUGUUACCUGUUUUUAUAUCAUUAUAUUUCAUGUGCAGAAUUUAACAACCUUAGACAAAAUAUGGGAAUCUCUUUAGCAAGAUGAGAGCCCACAGUACCCACUUUCUGGAGGGUUUAUGAUAAAGAGGUCAUUUAUAAUGAUUUAUAAUAAGGUACCCCACAUGCUCUGGUCAUUCCUUUCGCUGUCCUUGCGAUCGUUCACCCACGCAUCUGCGGGAAAUUUGUACGGACAAAUCUCCAAAAUGCUAAGCUCAAGUGUCUCUUUAUAUCUCUUCUGUGCUUUUAGGGAUAGUCCCUCCCAAUACUGUUACACUGCUUUGGUGUAAAAGGAUGUUUAAAUAUAGCAAACCACGCUUUUUUGAGGAGCAAUUUUUAUCGUCCGUCCAUUACAAACUAUGGGGUAAAACCGGAAGUCGCAUCAAAUCGUCCCCCAAACAAAUGUGGUUGUCAAGGGUCGGCCAUCUUGUGACGUCGUGCCGACUUCUAGAAUGGUUCACUGCGUAGCUAUUCCCCAUGUGCAGUGCAGACUACUGCGUAAAGUCAUGGAUUUUGGAGAUGAUUUGUUUAGUGUUUUCGAGGAAAGCGGUCGUCAGUCAAAGGCGUCUGAAGAUGAAAAAGCAAAUCCGAAUAACAGUGGACCAAAAGAAGCUGACAAAGACCAAAAAAAGAAAGCACAAGAAUUACUGCAAAAGGGAAAGAGGACUUUAGAAAGACUGGAAAUAGAAACAGAAAACCCUGAUGGAGUCAAAAAAUCAAAAACAGAUCUUUUGGCUGAUAUUAACCAAUCAGAAACCAUGGCAGCUAGAAUACAGAUUCACAAGGUGGAUACAGUUGAAGCUUGCUUACAUGAGGGAUAG